AUGGCUAUUCCAACUCAUCCUGAUCUCAUUCCCAUUGAGUUUGUCUUGCACGUUGUUGGUAAAGAUCCGGUGACUAUUCCUGUACGAGGUGUCGAUUCUAUAAAUAUCAAGAUUCCAGGUGGCGCAAAGUAUUUCAUGACCAUAAAAUUCCAAGUCAAGAACAGAACAUUGAAAGACAUUAAAUACAAGCAAAACGUCAAGAAAGGCGGUAUCACAAUCAGAGCUAGAGAAUUGGAGAUUGGCACUUUCGAGCCUUCGGAAACCGAAAUUUACACUAAGGAUUUCCCCGAAGAUGAAACCCCAGGCGGCUGGUUGUUACGAGGCAAUUAUUAUGCAACUUCGACUUAUUAUGCUGGCGACGAACUAUUGAUGGCUGUAGACUGGACCUUGGAAAUUACUGCAUAA